AUGUCAAAUGGUGGCGCCACCACCACCUCCUCAUGCACCGGCAAUCCCAGACACCAGGGGCCCGCCACCCACCGCCGCGUUCCAGAUUUAGACAACAGCAAAUGGGCCAGUCACGGCUGCGUCCGUCAUUUUCUGUUCUUGCCGAAAAAGGGCACGAAGAUAAAUGACUCCGUUCUCUGCGCACGCACGACAGGCUGUCAAUGGCUGGUUUCGGGGAGGAAACUGGGCCGUUCGAUUUUCGCGGCGUUGAUGAUGGUGGUGGUGUUUUCUGUUAACGUUCUUUUAAUGGUGGAAAGUGGUUGGGAGAGGAGAGACGAGUCUGUUAUGCCCAAACGGGUAUUGGAAAACUACCCAAGGCCGGAAAUCUGGACGAAACCAAUCAACGAUAGCUACUAUCAGUGCAUUGCUCGGCCGAAGACUCAAAUAAGGACGGGUUCUGGAACCAAUGGCUAUAUCUUAGUUCACGCCAAUGGCGGGUUGAAUCAAAUGAGAAUCGGGAUAUGCGAUAUGGUUACCGUUGCAAAGAUCAUGAAUGCCACACUGGUUCUUCCUUCUCUUGAUCAUGAAUCUUUUUGGAGAGACCCAAGUGAUUUUAAGGAUAUUUUCGAUUGGAAGCAAUUUGUUGAGGUUUUAAAAGAAGAUAUAGACAUAGUUGAAUCAUUGCCGCUUAGCCACGAUGCGAUCAAGCCCCUUCUAGUUACCCCUAUUUCUUGGUCCCAGGCUAGUUACUACAGCGGAGAGAUGCUUCAGUUGCUGAAACAACACAAGGUGAUCAAGUUCACUCACACCAAUUCACGACUUGCGAACAAUGGCCUCGCGACAACCUUACAAAGGCUCAGAUGUCGCGCCAGCUAUGAUGCGCUAAGAUACACAUCCGAGAUUGAGGAGCUUGGACACAAAUUGGUAGAUAGACUAAGGAAUGAGAACCAGCCACAUGUUGCCCUCCACUUAAGAUAUGAGAAAGACAUGCUUGCAUUCACCGGCUGCAGCCACAAUCUCACUGCAUCAGAAGCGGAGGAGCUCCGUACUAUGAGAUACAAUGUCACGCACUGGAAAGAAAAGGAGAUAGACAGCAAAGAACGACGGCUCCAAGGGAGAUGCCCUAUGAUCCCAAGGGAGGCAGCCUUAUUCCUCAAGGCCAUGGGGUAUCCAUCCUCCACAACGAUAUACAUUGUUGCUGGGGAAAUUUAUGGCAGUACUAUCAUGGAUGCAUUCCGUUCGGAAUACCCAAACAUUUUCUCCCAUUCCACGCUUGCAACAAAAGAAGAGCUUGAGCCAUUCAAGCAGUACCAGAAUCGACUUGCUGCCUUAGAUUACAUCGUAGCACUCGAAAGUGAUGUUUUCCUUUACACAUAUGAUGGCAAUAUGGCAAAGGCGGUUCAAGGGCACCGGAGGUUCGAAGGAUUCCGGAAGACUAUUAACCCCGACAGACAACUUUUGGUUAGAUUGAUUGAUCAGCUGGAUGAUGGUACUAUAUCUUGGGAAGAGCUCUCUUCGGAGGUUAAGAAGUGGCACUCGGAUAGGCUUGGAGAACCAUAUCUUAGGAUGCCCGGUGAAUCACCAAGACUAGAGGAGAAUUUUUACGCAAACCCUUUUCCGGGUUGUGUUUGCAAUAGAUCUCAGGACGGAAGAAUCAGCGACGCUAGGCUCCACUGGAUCGACCAAGUCUAAGAGCUGCUUCACAAAGAUAUGUUUCCUACUUUUCCCCCGGUGAGGUGUAGAUGAAGCGCAUUGCUUCGAACGUGUUUAAAAUAUGGGAACGGGUUAUUCACCAUUCAA